CCCAGUCCAUUUCAUCUGCUCACCCAGCUCCCGCUCAUUCUUUGUUGCUCACUUCAACUGUUUUCCAGAAGCAGUUGAGUUUAUUCUCCCUUUUAGAGACACGAGGACAGAAAGAAAGAGGCGUACACAAGGACAUGUAAGUUGUGGGACCGUCUGCAUCAAAAGAGAUCCUAGAAUUGCCGUGACCUAAACCAAUGGAGAACAUGGAUAACGGUAUCCCUCUGCUCUUCAUCAACGAAGAGGGAGCUGAGCCGGAGAGAGAGAUUGUGAUGAAACCAGAUGACAACAGAGCACAGCCUGGACUCAACUUCUCAGGCAACCCGUCAGCUUUAAUCAGGCCAUACCUGCAAGAGAUGGAUGAGCUGCUGAAGAGCUGUGAGGAGCUCACGGGCAUUUCCUUCGGUACGGUCUACUCAGAAAGCUUCGCAGAAACCAGCUUGAACAAAACAACAAGUCACGCUCGGAGCACAGAGGACGUCCUGACCGAGAGCUACAGAGAAACCAUCCCUUCGUUGCAAACGUACCUUUGCCUGGCCACGCAAAUGGAUGAGGCUGAAACCAAAGAACAAGAAAAAGAAAAAUCACAAGAAGCAUCGUUAGCUAGCUGUGUACAGAGCCGGGGAGGUCCCGAUCAGACUGGAUUACCUGUAAGUGAGGCAGGCAAAAAACUGAGUAAGGCUAUGUUAGAUUAUGAAGGUCAGCUGCGGGGAAUGUUGGCCACGCUGCAGGGUUGUGUGGAAGAAACCGGGAUGGACUUUGAGGCCCAAGAGUGGAACGGUGAUGCACGACAAGAGUAUGUGCACAUUAGCAAGAGUACAACAGUGGAGUUGGAACCACAGCUAAUGCAGUUUGGAGCCUGUGCAGAUCAACAUGAAGAGGGAGAGAGAUUUUCCAAGGAGAGCAGAGACAAAGUGACUGAAAUAAUUGGGCAGCAGCAGCAAAACUCCCUGCUUUACUCCGACAACCUGGGUGGAAUUUUAAUGGACAGAGUAGAAGAAUCAGGACAAAACAAACAGGCUGUCUCUGAACCACAGCUUAGCGUUUCAGCGCCAUUAGAUUUGGGCCGAAAUACAGAAGGGACAAAGGCAGUAGAUAUGUUUGACAUGGAGAGUGAAGAAGACGUAAGCAGGACUGGAGUAGAAGACAUGGAAAUGUUGAGUGAAGAAACAAAGGUCAAGGCAGAGGUCACUGAGCUAAGGGCUGAUAAAAAUGAUUUGGACGAGUUGGGCUCUCAGAUGGAAGAGUGCAUACAGAGAGUCCAGCACUUAGAGAAGAGGAGGAGGGAGCUGCUGGCAGAGGUGCUGGAUCUAAGAGGAAACACAAACAGAGAGGAGAAAGAGCAGAGCGCAAAAGGCGAGGAGUGGACAGAUGAGCAAAUGGACGGGAAAGUGAUAGAGCUGAUGAAAAUACUUCGAAGUGAGGAAGAGCAGAGACGGGAGGAGAGAAAGAAGGAGUUUUAUAUGCUCAGGGAGGAGAGAGCAGAGGAAGAGAGGAGAAUGUGGAAGGUCAACCUUGAGAGAAUGGGGCUGCAAGAGGAACUGAGAAAGCUGAAAAGAAGGUUAUUUACUAUAAUGAGGGAAAGUACCCAUUGUCAAGCCAUCCUGAAGAACCACUGCAAAGAAGUAGAGCUGCUGAAGAGAGAAGAGGAGAAGCUGCAGGCUCUGGUGCUCCAGCUGACGGAGGAGUGCAGCCAGCUCAGGUCAGCUCAAAACCGACAGAUCUUAGAACUACAAACGCAGCUGCAAUCCAAGCUUUCCAGUCAAACCUCCUGUAACCAGGAAGAGUUGACUGAGUGCAAACGGAACUCCUGUGGGGACAUCCAGCAGUACCUCCAGGAAGGACUAAGAUUCCUGGAGAACAGGUAUGAACCUCUUCUUCUGGCAUUGCUGAAGAGAAGAGAUGCCACAGCUGGGGCUCUGGUGAAAGCCAAAGAGGAGUCCCAGCAACUGAGAUCACAACUAAGACCCCUGAGGGACGAGAUCCAAAAACUGAAGCUGCAAAGGGCUUGUUUGGAGGAGAAGCUUAAGCUUAUCUACAUACAUCACAAAGAGGAGAUGGGGCUCUAUAAAGAGACUGUCUGCAGUCUGGAGGAGCGCAGCCGAGAUUUAAAGACCGAGUUACAGAUUCAAAAGAGAAAAAACAAAGACAUAGAGGAGUUAAGAGACAGCUUUAAGAAACAAGUCCUCCGCUACAGGGCUACGAUUCAGCAACAGAAAGAGAUUGAACCUGAGAAGCAAACAUGAUACGCAUCCAAUGGCCUCACUUUGGAACGCAGUAAAAGCCACUUCUAGAAAGAAUGCACUUUCCAGGCAUUUUAAGAUUUUUUUUUUUAAUGCUUGCAUGGUUUUUAUUCCGUUAGACCUCUUUUGUAGAAAAAUUUCAUACAAAUAAAAGCUUUGUGAUUCUGAGGAGUCAGUGUCUUUUUGGAGUGCAGAGGCGUUCAUGCACUUAUAAGGGCAUCUUGGCUGCAGAACUAAAGAAGCAGGGUGGUUAAGAGUGAGAUUAAGAGAAAAGACACUUUAAAGUAGGCAAUAGAAUAGAACAACUAUUAAACAGUAUCUAGUAAUAAAACACAACUUCUUAUAGAUCUUUUACUAGUUAAUGCAUCUACUACAACAUAUUGCACAUAUAUAACUGUUAAACCUUUUCUUCCGUUUUAUGGUUUAAAAACAUUACAAUUGUUUAUGCCACUUAUGUAAAUAAUAAUGGCAUAUAUGUAAUACCGUCAAAUUGAGCAACCAA